AAUUCGGUGUGGACAUUCAAUGGUCUGUGGAAAAUUCUCCAUUUGUUGGUUAAAAUUCCAAAAGUGCACUCGAUGUAACGGCGCGCUCUCGACAGUCUGUAGUUGAAAAUUUUUUUGUCGACGCUGAGGUUGUUUCCUCCAAAUGGGCGCAUGACAUUUGUGCUCAACCCGAAUGCUUCGUCGCCUACAAAUACGUUUGGUGUUGCAAAAAAGGUGGAAAAGUAUAAGAUCAUGCUAUGCUCGGGAAGUCAAAAGACAAAAAAAUUUAAAGUCUGGUUCUGGAGCCACUAACCGCAAAAGCGAAUACAUAUACUUUAAGCAGUUGCAGUUUCUACAAAAAGUAGUAGCUAUCAGAGAAAAAGAAGAUGACGAAGAAGAAAAUUCGGAGAGCACUGAAGUACGUGAGCGUCCUAAAGAAAAAGCUACCAUCAAACGUAAACGGCAAUUGGCUGAAGAUGAUGAUCGCUUUGUACGAGCUCUAAAUAAUUCUAUUGAGCAGAGGCAACGUGAUACAUCAGAGCAGAUACUACGUGAAACAGCAGAGACCGAUGAAGAUCGAUUAUUUCUGCUGUCAUUGUUAAGCACACUAAAAAAUCUGCCUGUUCGAGUUAAAAUGGCUACCAAGAUAAAGAUGCUAACUUUGUUGAACGAUGCGUCAGAUUAUUCUGGUUACAGGACGUUUGAUUAUGCUGAUUGUUCAUUUCGGCAUACUUCACAAGCUAAUUCAGGUGGUAGACUGGUUAGUCAAGGCAACUAUCAUCCUGGUUCUUCGACGCAACCGCGCACCACGAAUUAUCCGACUGAAACUAUUACAAAUAGUCCUGGAUAUAAUUCUAUGAAUACAAUAAUGUAUACAAGUUCUCCAAGCGAUACACCUGAUUCACUGGACUCGGAACCAUAUAUGGAACUGUUUAACACUCAAAAUUGUAGUAACUAACUCCAAAAAAAUGUUCGUGAAUUGUUUGUUCAGUUACAUUCUUUAAUAAAAC